UUCUUUGUUCUCCACACUAGACACAGGUGACAUCUGCACUUUAAAUGUCUUUCAGAUAGGGGUGAGUUGAACUGAACCAAAGCAUCAACACCAACCAGGCGGUUUCUGAAAAGCGACAAUUUUCAGGGUCAGCAAUGGAAAGUCUUAGAGGGACCACCCAAGGUCCCAUGAAUGAAGAAGCCUGUGAAAGUGAGGGCCAGCUGUCAAGGCAGACAGCAGGUCCUGCAUGGAAAUCUCCAGAGAAAACAGCCAUCAGAAGAGUGUCAGUGAAUCUUGUGGAGACUGUCACUGGGGAGAGAGGCCCAGAAUCCAGUGAACUUAGUCUAAGCUCAAAACUUAAUACACAGCAGAACAUUCCAAAGGGAGCUAGAUUCCCCAUAUCUAGGGAAAAUUCCAAAGAUCAUUCAGACUUAAUUAAACAACAAAAACUCUUCUCACAAAAGAAACCUUGUAAAUGCAAUGAAUGUGGUAAAACCUUUAGUUACCAGUCAGACCUUUUCAUCCACAGUAGAAUUCAUGGUGGGAAAAAACCUUUUAAAUGCAAUCAAUGUGGGAAAACAUUUAGCCGAAGUACACACCUGAUUGAACAUGAAAGAACUCACACCGGAGAGAAACCUUAUGAAUGCAGUGAGUGUGGGAAAGCUUUCAGCCGGAGCACCCACCUUGGUCUGCAUCAGAGGAUCCACACUGGAGAAAAACCGUAUGAAUGUAGUGAAUGUGGAAAAGCCUUCAGCCGAAGCACCAACCUCAGUCAACAUCAGCGAACUCACACUCAAGAGAAACCAUACAUAUGUGAUGACUGUGGGAAGGCCUUCAGUGACCGUUCAACCAUGAUCCAGCAUCAACGAAUACACACCGGGGAGAACCCCUACAAGUGCAGUGAGUGUGGAAAAACUUUCAGUUGGGUCUCAUCCCUCAUUGAACAUCAGAGAACACACACUGGAGAGAACCCUCAUGAGUGCAGGGAAUGUGGGAAGGUGUUCAGUCGAGGUUCAUCCCUCACGGAACAUCAGAGAGUCCACACUGGAGAAAAGCCUCAUGAGUGCAGAGAGUGUGGAAAGGGCUUUGGUCGGAGCUCAUCCCUUGUGAUUCACCAGAGAAUUCACACAGGAGAGAAGCCUUACAAGUGCAAAGACUGUGGGAAAGCCUUCAGUCAGAGCUCAACAUUCAUCAGACAUCAGCAGCUUCAUAUUAAGGAGUGA